UAAUAUAAAAAUGUCAAGCAAAGUUUUUGUUUUGCGUUGUUUUAUUUUGAUUUGCUGCCUUAAAAACAUCACGUCUGAAUAUAUUUAUCCAGUAAUGGAAACUUCAUCUCGGUAUUCUUACACUGUUUACAAAGAUAGAAAAGUAAAUGACAUCACAAGUAUGGUUGAAGUACACGCAAAUUAUAACGAAUGCAUUACUGCUUGUUAUAACAAAAAAAACUGUAAAUCGAUAGAUGCUGAGAUAAUAGAUAAAAAUUUAUUAAGAUGUCGAUUUUUCGAAAACGAAUCCACAAAAACUAUACAAUCUGCAGGAUUUAUAUACGUUUCUUCUAAACCGCCAAGCUGUUCUCGAAGCUGCAGUUUGAACCCAAAUCCUUGUGGAAAUUGUAGUUGCAUUUCAUCAUGUGCUGCAAGAAAUCGGCGGCAACACGUGUGUAACUGCACUAUAGCAGCUGGAAUAGCUAGGAGUUGCCAAGAGCAUUAUGAUAAUGGUUUUACUAAAACUGCAAUAUACCAAAUUAGUCCUAAUGGUUUUUCAUUUGAAACUGUAUGUGAAAUGGCAAAGUUUGAGGAAGAAAAUCCAAAAGAAAUUUUUGUUAAAAUCAAUGAGCAACUGUUAACUUAUAAUAACUUGAUUGCAAGAUUGCCAUGGCUAGAGAAUGCAUAUUCAAUUUCUUUCAAGUUUAAUCCCAGAUCAUACCCAAUUGGGUCUAAUAGUGUUAUUCAUUUGAGUCUGGGAAAUGAUCUUCAUCAGUAUGGUGAUAGAAAUCCUGGUGUAUGGUUUUUAGGUGUGGGUCCAGGAGCAUUGCAGAUAUUUUCUCCUGUCAAUGGUCAUGGUGAUUACAUAACUGUAAUCGAUUCACUACCACUCAAUAUGUGGUCAAGUAUACGCAUAUCACAAAUUCGUGUUAAUGGAGUUUACAUAUAUUCAGUAAAUUUUAAUGGAAAAACUAUUAGAAACGUUGAAAAUACAAUGCCACAAUCAUUCCAAAACCCUUUUUUAUAUGCUGCAAAUCCAUGGUAUGAGCCUGCUGAUGGUUUUAUUAAAGAUUUGAGAAUAAUAAAUGAUGGGUCUGUUGGAAAAAACAAUGGACAUAUCAAUUUUUUUGACCAAGUCAAAGAUCGUCUGUUGGUAUUUAAUAACUUGAUAACAACAUUGCCAUGGUUAGAAAAAACAUUUUCAAUUUCCUUUAAACUUAAACCUGGGUCAUAUCCAAGCACUUCUGGAAAUGUUAUUCAUUUAACUACCUGGGAAAAUGUUGGCCAAUAUGGGGAAAGAUGUCCUUGUAUAUGGUAUCGCAAUGAUGGAUAUUUGAUUAUUUCUACUGCAAUUAGUGGAUAUGGUGACUUUUAUUUGCCUCAGACCAAGAUGUUACCACUGAAUGUGUGGUCAAGCAUACGAUUAUCACAAACUCAAAUUAAUGGAGUUUAUACAUUUUUUUUGCUUGUAAAUGGAACAGUUAUUUAUAGCGUAGUAAAUACUUAUCCUCAAUCUUUCAGAAAUGUUCGAGUGUAUGCAGCAGAUCCCUGGCAUUCUGUCCAAAAUGGUUUUAUUAAAGAAUUUACCAUUAUUAAUGGAUAUAAUAACUUUAUAGAAGAACUCAAUGAGCAUGAGUUGAACAAAGACAAGUUGAUUGCAAGAUUAUCAUCAUUGGAGAAAGAAUACUCAAUUUCUUUUAAAAUAAAACCUAGAUUAUAUUCAAAUGAUUGGAAAAAUGUGAUUCACUUAACUACUGGACAAAAUUCUGGGCAAUCAGGAGGUUUUGCAGUGUGGUUUUAUAACGAUAGUUCUGGGAGUUUGUAUAUUUCUUCAGCUGUUAAUGGAAAUAAUGAUUAUGCUGUCAAGACCCAGCCUCUGCCCCUGAACCAGUGGUCAUUUAUAAAAGUAUCACAGUAUGAAAUUAAUAGAGUUUACACUUAUGCUAUAUAUUUAAAUGAAAUUAUGAUUCAUACCAUUGAAAAUAAAAUUCCUCUUUCUUUUAAAUAUGUUGAUGUAUAUACUGCAGAUCCAUGGCAUGAUGCACAGAAUGGAUCCAUUAAAGAUCUCAGAAUCAUAAAUGGUAAUAUUGGAAUCUGGCUCCCAAUGAUGACUCGUUUUUCUACCUGGGAAUCAAGUUUUUGGAAUAAAAGUUACGAGGCUUAUGAGAAUGGUUUUGGUCUAAUAAACCAACAAUGGGUUGGUUUAAAAAAUAUUAAUCAAAUAACAAGUGCAUUUUUUACAGAUAUGAGAGUUGAAUAUUUUAUAUUUGAAGAUAUAUCAUUUAGCUCAAUGUAUUACAAUGUUACCGUUGGCUCAAGUAUAGAUGACUAUUUGUUUAGCUAUGAAACAUAUGAUUCAAAAGGAUCUCUUGAACCGGAUUUAUUUAAUGCUAAUGGCACGACGUUUAAAAGUUGUAGUAAUUGGUGGACGACUAGCUGCAAUGAAGCAACUCCUACUUCAACUAAUUACAUCUCUUAUGGCUCCAGUGAAAAUUUGUUUUCUAUACAAUUUUUUUUAAGGACAAAUGGACGCAAGAAGUAAGCUCCAACAUUUUUUAUCAACAUUUUAACGAAUUAAAAUAAUAAACUCUGAUGUUGAAGAAAUAAAAUGCUUCGCACUUGUAUGUGUUGUGUAAUGAGAGUUUUUACUCAACACUAAUUCAUUUUUUUAUAUAUAUAUAUUAUUAUUUAACAUUUGUAAUACACAUUCUAUUGUAAAUAGAAAUUUAUUUGUAGUUAAAAGAAAAUAAUUUAUGCAU